AUGUCUUCCAAACCUGCGACCGUACAGCUUCGAGUUCAGACCAUUCUCACUACAUCAGACCAAUGGAUCACGUGGUUAUCAAACAUUCAGGCAAUUGCCAAUUUGUCUGAUGUCUGGAAAUAUAUUGAUCCGGAAGUUGCUUAUCCCCCUCAAUUGGGACCAAAGCCACAACUUCUUUCCGUACGAGAUGUUUACCCGAACUACGACAAACCUUCAGACCAAAAACUUGGGACGAAAAGCGCCAGUGAUCAGACGAAAUCCUUUCUGUCUGAAGAUGCAUACCUUGCGGCGAAUCCCGAGCAAGCCCGAACCUUCUUUGGCCUGGAAGGUCGAAGCAAACGUACUAUCGAUGAUUGGAAAGAGACCAAACUUGCCCUCGAUAAUAUUUUCAUCACAAUUCUGAACACCGUUUCAUCUGAUAUCCGGAAGCUCUUUGGAUCAGAGUCAAACAGUCAUGUGAUUAUGAGAUCACUAUAUGAGCGUUUUAAUCCCGACUCUAUCCUCCGAAGUCAGCGGAUGGCUGAUAGAUGGAUUGGUCUUCGUACCAUCCCAAGAUCAAACAUCAUGAAAUGGUUGGACCAAUGGGAAUCGACCUAUGUUGAGGCGAAAACCCUACAAAUUGUUGAAAUGGGAACUGAAAAGAAAGUUUGUCUUGAUUUUCUCCGAACUAUUACUGUUUUAUCUGAUUCUUUUGCUACACAUUGGAAGUUUUCUCUGAUGAAUCUCCCUGAUUCAUCCGAUCAAAUCUCUUUUCUCCGAUUAUUGAGGAUCUACCGAGAUCAUAUCUUAUCUUCGACUAUUCGUCUGAACAAGUUCUUGUCUAAUGCUACAUUCAAGGGCGAAGAUGACUCAUCCCAGACAUCGGACGAAAAGGAGAAGAAAAAGGGACCAAACAGAGCGAUGGAGAAGAGCUCGACCCUGAGAGCUGCGAUGAAAAGAGCCAAAGAACGAAUUUCUUCGGACCAAAAGUCAGCUGACCCUGUUGGAUCAGCUGAAACAUCGGACGAAAAGGGACAUAUGGUUGGGAUGACUCUUUCAUCUAAAAAGUCACCACUUGAUGAGAUGAAAACCCUUGCAGCGAGUCUGCCGAUUUCGAACGCCACGAAUCAUGUGAUUAGACCAAAUGAGGUCUGGGCGUACGAUACUGGAUCAACAUUGCAUAUCUGCAAUAAUAUUGAUCUUUUCUCCGACAUUCAGCCUUAUGCAGCUGAUGUUUGCGUUGGAGAUACGACGACACCGAUAGUUGGGAUCGGAACUGUUUUGGUCCGACCUACUGAAUCUUUGGAUGGAAAGCCACUAACCCUUCUGAAAGUGGGUUAUUCCCCUGGUUUUCAUCUGAACCUGAUAUCUGCAUCGAUUGCAGAACGUUCGAAAUUGUUCCUGAAUGGACGAAAGCGAACCCUUGAGACAUCGGAUGGAACGCCUGUUUGCCGUUUGAACCGAAGAUCCGGUGUCUACCUGAUAAGAUGGGAUGGAACAGCUGAUGGUCUACCGUCUGACCUUUCUGCCAGCACACGAGUUGCUGUCAAACAGCUGACAUGCCCUAUAUCCUCUGAAAAGCCCUUUCAUCCGAUGGAAGGCAAGAAAGACCCCAUUGGUCUUAAAAUUUCACAUCAAAAAUCGGAGGGUGCAACGAUCCAUGCACUUUCAUCCUAUUCUCGACCUGAAAAACCUACGUCACGUGAUGUUUGGCACCAAAGACUUGGCCACAUCGGACAAGAGACCCUUGACAAGCUUAUCGGAUCAACCACUGGAGUCCGGAUCGAUCAGAACUUGACAUCAGAUGAAACAUGUGAAACAUUGUUUGUCAAACAAGGAAUUGAUGGGAUGAAAUAUUUGUCACACUGUGUUUGCCCUGUGACGAAAUACCAAUUUGCGAAGGCAAUCAGACGAAAGGUUGCAUCACCUGACACUUUACAUGAGAUGAUUGCACACAUUGAGUUGCAAUAUGGGACGAAAAUCAGACGAAUCCACAUCGACAAUGAUACGACGUUACCUAAUUUCAUCAAACACAUGUCACGUGAUGGGAGGGUGGUUGAAUCUACCCCAAUAGAUCAGCCCGAACAGAACCCAUAUGCAGAACGCUAUGGAGGCCUUAUCGUCCAAUUAUCACGCCGUUUCAUCCAAUGUUCUGGGUUACCAAUAUCUCUUUGGCCCUAUGCUGCCGCCUGCGCAGUAUAUGUGAUGAACAGAACCCCGCGCCGCACUUUGGGAUGGAAGACCCCUCAUCAAACUUUGUGGGACCGAUUGGACCAAAAGCCUGGUCAUAUGACUGAAUUACCGGAUUUAUCCAAUAUCCGAGUGUUUGGGUGCAAGUGCUAUGUACGGAUCAUCAAUAUUCCGCGCCUGGAUAAGAUGAAAGUACGAGCUCAAAUUGGCUAUUUGGUUGGAUAUGUUUCAUCCAAUAUUUGGUUGAUCUGGUUACCUCGAGGAAAAGUGAUUAAAGCCCGUGAUGUGGAAUUCGACGAAACCUCUUUCUACAAACAUCAUGAAAGAUGGGAUGAAAAGGGUGCGCCCUUGUAUGAUGAUUCGAUGAAAGUGGUCGAUUACCUGGAUAUCUCCGAAUACACAACAUUCCGGGAUCAAUUGGACCAAAGCGAAACAUCAGAUGAAAAUGUGUUUGACACAUUUCCAGAGAACCAUGACGUUAUGGGAGAUCUGGACGAAAAUGAGCAAGUAUUGGAUGAAAACAGUUCAUCCGAAGAAGAGACUUGCGACGAAAAAGAAGAAGAUCAGAUUAUUGGAGAUCAACCGGAUACUCCCCCGCAAUCUGAUAAAGAAGGAUCACCUGACCCUAAGGAUCCUUCUUACCCGAACUUACAUCAGGCAGAUAACAAUUCAUCUGAUCUUAGACCUAUGGGACGAAUCGAGGUUCAGAUCAAUAACAAUGGGAUAAAUCAAGAUGAAUAUCCAUUGUACGAACCACCUUAUCAUGACCGAGACUAUGAUAUUGAGAUGAUUGACCCUGGUGCCCUGAAGAGAUCUUUGGAUGAAAGCCCUGAUGAUACACCGGAUGAAAAGCGUGCUCGAAUAGCAAACUUUUUACAUGCCUACAAUGUUGCGAUGAAAAGCCAGCCAAAGAAAGUCCACGUGACAAGUGUCCCCCCCGCCGCCUGA